UUCACGCGAUAUUCGCAGGCGUCACUGAGCGUAACUUGGAGCCAGGCCUCGAGGGUUGAACGACUCCACAAUCCCCGGUGACGACGCUCACAAUUUGCCCCGGUGUUAAAAGACACGGGCAAAAUAGAGUCGGAAAACGCGAAACACCACGCAAGCAGUGCGUUUCACCGGUUUUCAUUAUUAUGAUGUUAUCAACACCCACGCCCGCCGAGAAACUAGUAUAAAGAGCCCAGAAAAGCGAGCAUGAAAACAAAUUAAGAGACUUUUGGGCGUCGUGAUCAGAAGAACUGAUGCGGCAUCUCCGGUAAAGCAACGGCCUCAUCUAGUUGGAGUUUCGCGCUACCUGACCUGCUCGUUACUCGUGUAACCCACAAGAACAUCACCGGAUAGUGGCAAGACUUCCAGGUAUUACGUUCGUGUGCAUCACAAAUCACCAUGGCAACCGUCCGAGACACUGGCACUGCUACCACUCUAGUUCUCUUGUUGAUAGCAAUGACGCAAGCGGCGCCAACUCUUCAAAGUCACGUGGCUGAUUUCCAGAAGGUACUUCCAAACAGGGUAUUGACGAGUGCCUCUCUGGCGCCCCCACCGACGGAAGCCAAAGACAGAGGUGAGGCAUGCUUCGCUCAACUUACUACUGAAUUCAUCCAAGAAGGCCGGUCGAUGGUGGACGCACUACAAGCCCGACUGGUACUCUUGGAGGAACUGGCUUGGACCGGUUCCAGCCAGUUGCAGCCGCAUCCAACCAGCAGUGAUGACGUGGAGAAGCGUGAUAACCUGUCGCCGACGCAACGCGUCAUGGUACGGCGGGAGAUCAUGCGAAGACUGCGAGAGCGUGCACCCCAGCCCGUGGAGCUGCCCAUCGGUAUGCGGUUCAAGAAGCUCCUGGUCGAUGACACUACCGUCCCGGAGUUUCAGGAUCUCGGAGUAGGAGCGGAGAAGCGAACCGGGGGUCCCGAGAUGAGCGCCUCCCGACGGGCGGCCAUACGAGCUGCGAUCAUGAGACAACUCGGUCAAGGGCGACAGCCCGUGGAACUGCCAGGAAUGCGUGGCGGAAAAUAA